UGGCCCGCCUGGGCUGCUGAGCGAUCAUGGCAAGCGCAAUGGGGGCCUUGGCAUCUGCGCCGUGCGCCGCUAGCAGGCUGGGGCUGCCCCGCCGCCUGCCCACCCGCCCCCCUUUACCUGGCCCGCUAACGUGGGUGCGACGCGCCGCGCCAGCCCCCAAGGCGACUGCGGUGUCCCAGCACCUGCUGGGCGCCGCCGUCAAAGUGGCGGCUCUGGUGCCCGACCUGGCCGCCAGUGCUGGUAGCUCUUUGGCGGCUGCCAUUGAUCUGGGAGUGCUCGGGGCCACAAUCAACGCCUCGGCCAAGCUCUUCCUCAUCUGCGCCGCCGUGGGCUGGCUGCUGCGUUCUGGGCGCAUCCCCAACUCUACCUCCACCGUGCUGAGCAAGGUCUCUUUCGAGAUUCUGAUCCCAGCCAUGCUCUUCACCAAGGCAGUGGCUGAUCGGGCACUGGGCUAUGCAGCGCUGUUCCUGCUCGCCUGGUCGCCCUGCCUGUGGAGUAUAGGACUGGCUCUCGUCAGUGGGCAACAGGGGCAGGCUUUGCGGGCUCCGCAGCUGGGCAAUGGUGGUGGCGGGCAGGCUUUGGGUGCUAGCAGGCAGGAGCACCUGCAGCAGGCUGACGAGACGGUAGCUCGCAGGCCGCUGUAUUGGCGAGAGCCGCGAGUGGUGGACAUCACACCCCUCACAGCCCAGAGCAACAGCACUGGCAAGGACGACAAACUGGCCCUGCCAGAGCCCCCCGGCUGGGCAGAGAAGCUAGCUGUGCAUCCCACCACGGCCAAGCUCUGUCAGUUUGCAGCGCAAGCGGGCUGCUGCCUCCAGUGCUGGCAGAUCCGGUGCUGCUGUUUGUGCUGCUGA